AAAAGAUGGCCACUUCAGCUUCUCCUCCCCUGGUAACCUACGGCGCAACAGCCACAACCUUCCUAACGACCACCAUCUCGCUGUCGUCAAAUCAAGCUUCAUUUGAGAUUCUAUACCCACCACCUGCUUCAGAAGGAAUCCAAUACACCACAUUUCCUGCAGUUCAGAAUCCAAGCAGUACAUAUACACCGUCACCUCUUCCAAUCCUAGUCCUCACAGAUGUUGUGGGCAUAGCUGUCAACCCGUCUGGCUCACCAAUCGCGACACGAACACUCACCCAAAUUCUUCCACCUCAAGCAUCAAACGCAAACAUAACCAUCUCCACUACAGAAGCAACGAAUUGCCCAUCUUGGAAGUGGACUUGCUGGCCCCUCAGCAAGCAAGUUGGAAUCGGCAUCGGUAUUGGUCUUGGUACCCUCCUGUUCUUACUCUUACUCUUCUGGCUCUUUUUCUGGCGUCCACGAAUCAAGAAGAUUCGAAUCAGAAGAGGCAGACCUGGUGACGAGGAGGGAGGACAAGGAAGAACCCCGCUAAAGAUUGCGGUUAGGACAAGUAUGUCGCAGACGAGGAGCAGGAGUCACGGUGCUAGGGACGACAGUUUGACCCCCAGUCCGCCGCCGAGAGGGCGUGAGAAAAUGAAAGUUAUGGUUGGGUAUGGAAACGGCAUUGGAAACGCCAGAGAACCGCCUGCUUACAAGGUGGUGAGACAGCCUAGUCCAAGAAACUUUGUUAGGCCUGUUGCCAUGCCGGAGGGUCCUGCGAGAGGAGAUUUGGAUGGAGCAGAUGAGAUUAAAGCCAGGGAUUCUGCGGUGCCUGUUACUGGUGCUGCGAUUGGAGUUGGGGUUGGGAGUGCGAACCGCAGUCGGAGGGACAGGGGUGAAGGAGGGGUAAGAGUCUCACGGGGAGAGUCCAUGAGGCAAACCAAAGGAUCGAGAAGAGUUCGCCGAAGUUCUGAAGCUGAGAUCGAAAUGAGAGAGAUGGGCGAGAGAUGGAAAGAAUGGGAUAGGAAGGAGAUAAAUGAUUACGAUGGGAACCGAACCAGAAGUCAUCGUGGAAGAGAAGAGCGUCCCGAUGAGCGACAUAGUGAUAGGAGGAGUCGAAGGCGAAGCUAUGCACCUAGAGAUGAAGAAGAAUUUGAAGCUAGGAGGCAUCGUAGUCCGAGGCGGCGAAGCUCUGGACAGGAUGAGCACAGACGUAGACCCAGAAGUGUCUCACCCCCACGCCGUGAUGGAUCAAAUGACAAACAUAAGCAACAGAAGAGACAAAACUCGGAAGGCGGUAUUGGAAAUGGUUUGAAGAAGUUAUUUCCCUUCUUACCUCUGGUCCUUGGACUCAUGGCAACAGUUGGGGAGCCAAAAGGAGGAUGGGAUCAAUACAUACCAGAGGACAAGCGGAAAAAGAGCAAAGUGAAAAAGAUGGCAGAAGAUGCAUUUGAAAAACAUCACCACAAAAUACCUGAGGACUUCCCUCGACACCUGCAUCAACACUCACCACGAUCCAAAUCUGCAUAUCGUGCUUCCCGUUCCACAAGACCUCGAAGAUCUCCACCACCAUCCCAUAGAAAGGACCGAUACACAAGAAGAAAUCGACACGCAGACAGGUAUCGCGGAAGUUCCUCUGGUCCAGUUGGAAGUAUGCGGGAAGCAUUCAACAGCAUUACUCCGGAAGCAGGAAGUGCUCAUAAUACACUAACACCUUCUCCACCACCCACACGUAGAAGAUCGGCUAGAUAUAGGGGAGUUGGAGGGUAUGAUGGUUGUGAUGACGAUGAUGAUUUUGUUGUGCAUUCUGCUGAGAUGGCGGAUGGGAUUGCAGGGGAGAGCGUGCUUCCUUAUGAGAUCUCCGAACCAGAAUCUCCGGUUUCAAGACCUGCGAGAACUUUCGCCGCUCAUAAUGAAGGUGAUAAAAGAGCAAAUGUUGGUCCAAGAGCUUUCAAGCCACCAACGCCACCUACGCCACCUUCCACAGUCUGUUGAACGGUUUGCGUUCCACCUGCAGCUUACGAAUCAUGGGAUUCUCAGAGCACCUAUUUGUUGAACUAAAGUUGUGUUGUAGCCUCGAUGAAGCACGUUUAUAGG